AUGAAUACUCAUACAAUUACUUAUCCUAAACCUUUAGUUCGCAUAUUGCAACAUUCAAGAGCAGAUACCUCUAGUGUUUCAUCAAAUCAAUCUUACGAAUCUCAUUUUACAGAUAUCGAAAGACCUUAAAAUCCAAUGAUAAAGAAUUUCGUAGACAAUCAAGAGGAUGAUCUCGAAAGCUUCUUUGAUCAACUAGAAUGA